CAAUGUGUAUUGCGGGAUAGCCCAAUCAGGGGGACAGGUUAUGCAGCUCACGGAACCGGAAGGCGGAACCGACAAAUCGACGCUCUAUUUUCCCUAACAAAUACUGCAUAUUGGUGUCUUUAGUGUCAAAGGACGUGCACCCAGAUGACAUUUGAGCAAGAACAGGUCUGCAACCUCAGUACAGAAUUGUUUACUGCUGAUGGGAAGCAUGCAACACUUGCGAACUCCAGUACAAGCCUUGAGACGAGCUCAGGCAGUCGUGAUCUGUCGCAGCCGCAGGAGCAUCAAACCGUCAACUGAGCUCCUCCAGAUGCUCCCAGAUCUCUAUGAAAUCUACAACGAGACCCAGCCACACCGGGCUGGACAGCGCCGGAGAAGGAAGCUGCACUGGGCACUGCUGCCUCGCAGCUUAGACCUGUCAAGCUGGUGCCACUUCUGCAACCUUAAAGACGGAGCUGUUUCAGCUAGGUACAGCACGCAAGCAGCAACUCUCCCAGACGCACCUGUACUCUCAUCCGAUACAACUCAUGCCACGAGAUUGGGCAAUGUGUCAGCGACAAAUGUAUGUGAGGAAUCAAAACUGAACUGCAUGCAAAACGUGUCAGAGGGUUAUAAAAAUAAGUCCCUCAACGCACGGCUAUCCCUUGAAGAAGUUCUGACCAGGUUACAAAGCAACCCAGAUGUAAUGUCCGUGCACAGAAUCUGGCAAGUGCAAGGCUUGGGUGAAGAAAUCCAGCAGAGACAGCUCAAUGGAAAACCAGUUCCAGAUGGUAUAAAUGCCCUCGAUCUUGACCACCUGCUUGGCCUUCAGUCUAAAACCAGCCGAAAGAAAUUCAUCAAUUUCUUGGUCAAGAAGGACAAGUUGAAACGCAAAAAGACAGAAGAGCAAGCAUCGAGACUCAAAUGUAAGGCAUUAGAAUCAAGUGCACUUCAAGAGCCAGAGUUAACUGUUCACAACACUUUUGUUCGCCACGGGCAAGAUGUGGCAGAGGAUGCCGCUAAUGGGUGGAAUCUUGCCAGGAGCUUGAUGUUCGGUCCCCCUAUCGUGUUUGAUCUGAGCUACGACCAUCGCAUGAAUCGACGAGAGAUCAUCAACACUAUCUUGCAACUGAAUCGCGUCCUCAGUGCCAAUAAAACUCUGCGGGACCCCUUCCAUGUCCACUUCACAAGCGUAGCCGGGGAUGGACAUGCAGAACAAGAACUGAAGCGCGUCCACGGCGAGCAUUUCGACAACCUCAUGGUGAGCAUCGCAGAAAUGCCGCCUCAGUGUGUUUUCCCCAACGAGGAACUGGUUUACCUGACAGCCGACUCGCCGAACGUUCUAACAAGCUAUGACCCCAAUAAGAUUUACAUCAUCGGGGGUUUUGUCGACAGGGCUGUCAAGAGUCGGGUGUCCCUCGGCAAGGCGGAGGAGGCAGGCAUCCCCCAUGCCCGACUACCGCUUGACGAGCAUCUCAGGUGGCAUCAGAGCACUAAGAACUUGACGUUAGACCAGAUGAUGGACAUCCUGAGUGAGUUGAGAGCAUCAGGGGACUGGGGUAGGGCUCUGCAGCAUGUGCCAAGUAGAAAACACCUCGGAAGAAAACAUGUCUCCACAAUGGACAUAUGCACACUAACAUCUUAAUUUGAGGACAAGUGCCUUUAAUAUCUAUAGUCAAACUCAACCUGGCCUUGGCAAAUGUUUGUAACAUGUUGGUCAUUCUAUAAAGUUGGGGUCCAUUACCUCUGAACUUGUAAUUUGCCAUUCAAGUCCAUUGUUCAUUAACUCUUACUUCCCAAAUCAUCCAAAAUUCCUCUUUGCAAAAUGGAGAAUUUUGCAGGAUUGAGGCUAUAUGGCAAAAGUGUGUGGCUGAUUUUAGAGGAUGCACUGUGUCAAGGUCUGAGGCCAGACCUUGUGUUUAUGCUCAGUCAUGCAUACAUUUAGGCCAAGAUUAUAGUACUUGACAUCCUCAGCACUUCUCUAGGAUGUCACUGGCUCUGCCUCAACAUAUGCCAGUGAUUGCUGGAAGAUUUUGCAGGAUUGAGGUAGUGGUCAACCCUCCAAGGACCACAUUCAAUUUUUUACAUGGAGGCAGUUGGAGAAUUUUGCAGGAUUGAGGUUGCAUCCCAGCAACAUUGCCUAGGGAGUGAGGGUUAAGAAUGACUUCAAUCAAUUUUGUUUUGGGGUAGGUCGUUUGCUAUUCAUAAUCACAAGAGGAUCACUGCAGAACUGAAAGCAACAGAGUUGUAAAUCAUACAUGUCAGAUGUAGAUGUCAGAUGUAACAGGGACCGGUAUAAACAAGAAGCCCCAAAAUGUAUAGAAUGACCCAUAUCUCC